AGUGUUGGAAACAGCGUCUCAUUAUUAGAUCUGAUAGUUGGGGUUGAGUGUGGGACUAGAACAGUUUUUGCAUGUUGGUUUUAUUGUUAACUGGAGGGGUUCCAUCAACCUUUAUCUAAGCUUGUUGAGUCAAAAUGAACAAAAGAGGUGGGAAGUAUCCGGGUGUGUCAGCUUCAACCCUAAGAGAUCGGUUUAAAAGCAAAAAUUUGGAAAAAGAGGGCUCGACAUCGAAGCCUGAUAAGGUAGGUUUGGAAGGUGAGGUUAAUCAACCUCGCCGAGGUCGUAGGAAGGUUAUCACAAGAAAGAGAAAGUCGAGUGCAAUUGAUGUUGAAGAUUCCGAAGAUUUUUCUGAAGGGGAGAAGGGGGUCCCUUUAGAAGAGUUAUCUAGAUUCGUUGAGAAUCAAAGACGUUUUCAUGGGUUUACAGAGGGUGGGGAGGGUUCUUCUCUUUGGAGUAAGGAUUGCCCAUACAUGGUUAUCACUGAUGAUAUUGCCCAGUCUGAUAUGGAUAAACUUGUGGUAGAGGAGGCUGGUGAUAUUGCUAUCGACCAGUUUAUGCAGGUUGUUGGAUUGCGGAUUGCAAGCCUUGGGCAUAGCCAGGAGAUUAGGCAUAGAAAGUCUUCACUGUUGUCUGAGGGAGCUAAUAAAUUGAGUGAGGAGCUUGGGGCGAAGAACAGGGUCAUUGCUGAACUAGAGGGAAAGGUUUUGGAGAAGGAAAAAGAGCUUUCUACCAUGAAGGACAAGUAUNNNUUGUAG